ACUGAACGUACCCCGAGUUUGACGCAUGCCUCUAACCUCAUUUUUCGUACAAAAUAAACAAACAAUAGUAACAAGAAUUCCCAAAGUUUUACCCAAAUGUAUAGGUUAGGAAUCACCAGACGCUUGCAGUACCACAAGUACAAACCCCGACUGUGAUUCGUACUUUUUUCGUUAUUUUCAUGUCGAGCCAUGUAACAAAGUACCCAGAAACAUUGUCUUUGCAUUUUACUUGUGCACAACCGCUGCAGCAGUACCGUUGCAAAGACUGCCCCCUUAGAACCCCCCUAGUCACGAUUUUGAACAACCACGUUGAAAACAAGCACCAAACAACACCCAGGAGCUUUGAAUGUAGAAGCUGUAAUGGAUUUCGCACCCUGUCAAAGUUGGUACUACUCAAACACAGCCUCCUUUGUGUGAAAAAACUGAAGCACUUGAAACGGCUGCAACACAAUGGGGUUUAUAAGUGUCGGUACUGUAGCUUGAAGACGAAAUUCCCAGGCAAUUUGACCAGACACAUGAAGUUGAGGCAUACACCUCUGGAGGAUAUCCGAUGGUACACAUGUGACCAGUGUGGUUUUCAAGCUAAACAGAAGGAUAAUAUUAAGUCGCACAAAAUCGCCAGACAUUUGCCCCCUGGAAAGAUUCAGUGGUUCGUUUGUGAUAAGUGUCCCUACAGAGGGAAGAAGUUGUCAGCUUUGAAAGGUCACGUGAUGUCUCUACAUACAGCCGAGGAGGAUAUCCAGUGGUAUGAAUGUGACAGGUGUUGUUUUAAGUCAAAGAAGAAGUUCAAUCUUCAGGUGCACGUCAAGAGAAUGCACGAGGAAGGGAGGGGGAGGGGUGGGAGGAGAAAGGGGAGGAGGAAGAAACUGUGAUUUGUACUUUGUCGUUGUGAAUAGUUUAUUUUUG